ACAGCCUAAAACAGCGUUUAAAAGCAUUCGAGAGAAAACGGUCGUUGGGUGCCCCUGGAUCUAAAGCAAAACUAUUUUCCGACCUGGGUUGCAGCGGACCACUUUUAAGGAGACUGCCAUGCACUUAGUUGGAUUCUCUUUCAUAACUGUCUUCUCUCUUCUUCUGCCCAUGAACAGCCAACUAGCCGGUCAACAUUCUCGUCCCCGGAGGCCGCGCUCCUUUUGGUCAGCACCAAGAAUCGUGACCUCUGGGCUGCUCCAACACCGGAAGUCCGCAAUUCACGGACCUCCCGUGAAAUCUGACAAAUCUGAUUGGCUGUGAAUACGAGCCGAAUGCUCUGCGCAUGCUCAGAAAAUCGGGUUUGGCCAGAGUGCCGACCUAAAGGAGCGCAGCCUCUGGGGACGAGAGUGGCCGGCCAAAAAAAGAAACCACCCAUUUACUACGUUUUCCACGUUCUUUCAGAUUGAACUGUUGUGCAGGCCAAACCAGACCAACAAUUGAACGUCGAUGGCAAUUCCUUGGAAGCUCUACCUGACAUGCUGGUUUCUUGGUGCCUCCGUACAAAGCGCCACGUUUUUCAGUUACAACGCCGUUGAUUAUUUCAACUACUUUUUCCCUGACAACUACAAGCCCGAGGUGUACGUUGGUGUCACGGUCGGAGUUGCGGCGAGUGUUGGAGCGUUGCUGAUGGUCACCUUCCCACCCAAAUCGAGUCAUUUAACUGUACUACUCUUCACACUGACUGCCUCGGUAAUUUUGCUGGUCGCAGUGGUAGUCAUUACACCUCUUGACACCGGCAUCUUAUCCACACCAGCUCGGUUUGGUUUGGUGUUAGCCGUAAUCUUCGUUGCGACCGUCGUUCAAAAUGUCGGCGGUGGAGCCCUUUACAGCUUCGCUGGAAAGCAUUUUCCGAAGUUUGGAGUCCACGCAGCACAGUCUGGCGGUGUGUUCGCAUUUGCAGCGACUUUCAUCAUUCGCUGUAUCUCGAAGGGAUCCUUUCAAUAUGUCGAAGACAAGGAUAAUGGUUUUCGCCUCAGCGGCUAUUUGUUUGUAGCCUUAGUGGAUCUGACAAUUCUCGUAGCAUGUUGUUUGAUUUCCAUUCUGCGAGCCCACGUCCCCCAAUCAACGCACGCUAAACGUUUUAAUGUCACUGAUAGGGAAAGCUUAGAAGACGCCGAGGACAACGAGAACCAACCGUUACUGACAAGUGACGAAUUCGGCAACGUCUCUCGUAGGGAGAUCAUCAGGAAUAACUGGGCUGCACUCACAGCAAUCUCAGUGGCAUUGGCCAUCGCCUGUGCCUUGUUUCCGGGCAUUGCUUCGCAGUUUCACGGAAAUUACAACUGCACUUUCGUCACUAACCAUCUCUCCAACUCGUCUAAUAUUUUUAACACUUCCACUGUGGUUUCUUCGACUAGAGGCUCGCAGUCUAGCGACAAGACAGGCUGGUUCAUCGUCAUCGUCUUCGGCUGUUACUCGGUAGCAACUGCAGUUGGGAAAACCUUACCGAUCUUCGGGAUCCUCUACAACAAGAAAACGAUUCUCUGCAAUUGCCUAGUGCAGCUGGUUACAGCCGUUCCGAUUCUACUUAUCUACUUCGAGCCUUGUGCGGUUAGCGGACUGCAAGCUGAUUGGGUAGCCUAUCUUACUGUUGGUCUGUUCGGAUUUGUCACUGGCUACGGAAUAUGUGCCGCCCUGAUGCUUCUGGCCCCAGGGCAGCGGGGUAAGAGUCACGAGGAGGGCCUGGCGACUAGUAUCGGUUACAUGUUUCUACAGCUGGGACGCCUACUUGGGAUGGGUGUUUCGUUGUUUCUCGUGGACUUCGUGUUUGAAGCAAUUAAGCCCUAAAGGACAGCAAACCAGCUGAGAAUACAAGUUCAAUUACCUCUUAUAUUUAUUUAGCUGUGGGCUAACUGGUUUCAGUUGAAAAGUUUUAUUGUUUGUUCUUAAGAUCUGUUUGACAAUAGCCGAAUUUAUCGGUUCCAAACUGAUGAAUAAAUCAUUUGAUCUGUUUUAUGGUUUGUUUUAUCUGUCCAAGAAUAGGUUAAGAAUAGUUAUUAUAUUUAGAGGACUUUGUUACGGUGCGACUUCUCGAACCGGGCCACCGAUAAGAAAACUAAGCAAUCAGAACUCAAACUGAGAACAAUGGACUGGUAGCGUCUGGUAAAUAUAACGACAAACAACGAUCUGUUUGACGUGAAAAAAUAAACACUAUCAGCUCCUCUGCGUUGUAUACACUCUUAGGGCCUGAUUACGUGGCGAAUUUCAGCCCGGGCUGGAAUUUCAGCCUGGUUAGCCGGACUGAAAUUUCAGCCCGGCUUCUGAAACAAAUUCUCAUGAAAUCAAAUUAGCAAUUACAUGAAGAAGGAUUCAGCCCGGGCCGCAAUUCAGCACGGGCUGAAACCGGGCUAGGAUUUUCAGCCCGGGCAAACGGACUGAAAAGUCUGAAAAAAUCCCAUGUAAUCGAAACGGAAUUUCAAACCGGGCUGAAAAGCAGGAAAUAAGAUGGCUGCCGCUACGAAGUAGAAGCGAUCUCAGUGGAAUAAAGGCGAUUAAAUAGAGAAUCUCUCUAAUUUCAAAGCCCAGAUGGAAUAUAAGAACAUUGAGACAACGUUAAACAGCACGAGGCAGUCAGGGAAGCCAUGAACUCGGCAAGCUUGAGGACAUAUUUUCUUUCUAUAAAAGUACGUCUUUGUGGCUGAGAGACAGGUUUCGUUUCAGUUCCAUCAUCAUUGUAGGGUGUUACUAUCCCAAAAAGAUAAAAAUUGAGCACCAACAAAAGGUCAAACUACGAGAGAAGCAAUGCGCCUAUUUUCACGAUUCGUGUUCUCGGCGCCAUUUUGAUUCUCUGGAGACUUUUCGCACACAAUUUCAUAUUUGUCGCCGAGGCUAAUGUUUCAGCCCGGGGUGAAAUUCGUUAUGUAAUCGCAACAAAAUUUCAGCCCCCGCUAGCCGGGCUGAAAUUUCAGCCCGGGUUGAAAUUCGCCAUGUAAUCAGGCCCUUACAGAUUCUGUCCUUGACGGCGGAUUAUCAUAAUUAAAGACCUUGCUCGAACAAAUAAGCUUGCUACAACAAAUGUGGGGGGACACAAAUCCGAAACUG